AUGUUUUUGUUGACCUGCUCAGAGAAAUGGGCUGGGGAACCGCCGGAUAGACGACACGGCGGAGAAUAUUCGGGAAACCGAUGGAGAAAAAUGUUCUCCGCCAGUUCGCCGACAGUUCUCCGAAUGAUCUACAGUGUUUCUCCCUCGCGAAAGAAUGUUCUCGAAGCAGAGAAUGGAAAACCAGCGGACAACUGGCGGAGAAAAUUUUCUAGUUUGGAGAGCGAAAAAUGCAAAAAAGCGCCUAGCGGAGAACCAAUGGAGAACUGUCGGAGAAACUAUGGAAAAGUUUCGGACAACCGGCGGAGAACUCUCGGCGAACCGCCAGCCGUAGGCUGGAUCUCCGAAAGUUUUCCGCCGGUUCCCCAGCCCAUUUCUCUGAGUGAAUUUUUGCUUGUAAAACGGUCAAGAUCAGAAUUUUAAGCUGAAAAAUCACGGAACAAUCCGGCUUUUGUUUAGAAAGUUUUUUAAUCCAAUUAUUUUUGCCACAGAAAAAAAAUUGGAUAAAAACGAACCCCGAUUUUUUGUGGACAAAAAAAUCUGGUUCAAUUUUUCGUGGUUGACAAAAAAUUUAAUCCGGAUGAUUGAAUCGUUUUCUGCUCCAAAAAGUUCAUUUUUCAUUUUUUCUGGGUUUUUUUUUGUUUGAAAAAUUGUCUUGUUUUGUUUUUUGAAAAAAAAAACAAAAUUAGAAAGCGAGGAAAAAAUUGACACCAGUUUUUUCAUAGAAUAUCGUUCUAAAUUUUCAAAUUUUUUACUGAAAAUUUAGAACAUUUAACUUGAGCCUAAUAUAACUUUUUUUUCAAAUUAUAACCAAUUGAAACUUAUUUUUCCCGCCAAAAAAAGAUCCCCAAAAUAUUUUUGCUGGUGGUCCAUUCAUUCUAGAGGGAACCCUAUCUCUCUUCUUUUUUGUAACCCAAUGCCAUUCCGAUUUUUCCCCCAAAACACCACAAACCUUUUCUUUUCAUUUUCCUGCACAAUUUGUGCUCUUCUUUCUCUAUUUCUCUGCGUCUCUCACUCUCUCGUUCUAUGUUCCCGCGCCCGCCAAAUUGAAAUAGUGUGAGAUAUUAAGAGAGUGCAGGUAGCGAGAGUCUAAAAAGUGGGCGGAGCUUAGAGACAGCCGGGAAAAUGAAGAAAAAGAAAAGAAGAAGGGGCGCGGUCACUUGCUUUUUCCACCCCAAUGCAUUUUUUUGUGACUUGACUUACUUUUGUUAUUGAUACUCUUUUUUUGGCACCUAAAAUUAACGGGUUCUGGCUUGGUGUUUUUUUAAUUCAACUUUUUUUCCUGCCAAGGCAAAUUUUUUUUUUAAUUUUAAGUUUUCGCGCCAAAACUCCUUUCAUCUCUCCGAUUUUCCCUGUUGUCCUUGAAUUUUCUUCGUUGUUUAUUAUCACAUUAAACCAAAAGAACUUUAUGAGAACCCGAACAAAAUCUCCUGUUUAUCUCUGCACUCUCUCAUUUUCUCUUAUUCUCUCUCUUGCUUCAUUUUAUUACCUUUUUUUCUAAUUACAAUAAAAAACAGGACUCUGAAUAAGAAAUUCUUUACUGAUAAGUAAAAAAAUUUUAUUUUUUUCAUUUGUAUUUUUAUAUUUGAAAUUUUCAGGCUGGCGCCUUUUUUGCUGCUCAAAUGGGUGGAUUUUCCAGCGAUGCGCUGGAACAGUCCUAUUUGAAUUGGCGCCAAAAUGCAUCGGCCAGGUAAGUACGCUCCAUUGAGAAGCAAGCUUUUCGUAAAAAAUUCAAAUGUUCUCAAAAAAAAUAUUGUUCAUUAGAGCGCAUUUGCAUGCAUCUCUCGAUUUUUUCAAGUUUUUUAUUCUCGAGAACUACAUUAGGAAAUUUGUAUUCUCCAAGAGAACUUUGGAUUUCUAAAAAAAUAAAUUGUAAGUGCGCUCCACUGAUAAAUAUAAAACUUCGAAAUCGUUCAAUUUCCAAAAAAAAUGAAAAAGUGCGUUCUAAUGAAACAACUUUUUAAAAACUAUUCAAACAUGUAAACGCGCUCCAGUGAAAUACCGCUAAAAUUUUCAUUUUUUCAAAAUUUCAGUUAUCCAAAUGCGCUCCACAGAUUAAAUUCUCAAUUUUCCAGACUAAUUCGAAUUUUAUUGUUCAUAACAUCAGCUUCAUCAUUUCUCCGAACACUUGGCCAUAUUCCAGGUGCUUAUGCACUUUGGACAGCAACAAUCCUUCUCUGUUCCACUCUUACUAUCAUUUUUCAAUUGGUGCGCCCCAAAAAAUUAGUGACAUUUCAAAUAUUCGCCCUAAUUGUCUUGAUUUGUGAUGUCAUUUUUUCUCUGCCAACUUAUGAAUCACUAUUUCCCGCAAUUUUGGCAACAUUUGCAUUUUACUCAUUUUUUACGCUGCCAUUUUAUGUGAUUUUGAUAUGUGCCACGUGUUGUUCAGUGGGUCAAACUUGCGCAUUUUUGUUAUUCGUGGAACCAUUGCAUACAAAUGAGGUGAGUUCUUUUUUUGUAGAUUUCCAACAUUCUUGAGUCCUUGUACCACUAGACUAUUCAAAAAUCCAAAUCUAGAUUUGUUCUCCGAUUUUUAGCUAUAAAUAUAAAUAAAAAAGAUGAGUUCCUCAUAUUUUCUGGUUCAUUAAAUAUUUUCUUGUUGUCCUCCUUUUCCAUAGUAAUAAGUAAUAAUAAUAAUAACAACAAAUUUUUCCUUUUUUCUAUUUUUUUGAACGAAAAAAUGAGUUAUUUUUUAUUUCCAGCGGCGGCAAACUUGAAAGAACGGGGUGAACUUUUUUUGCUCGAAAAUCCAUAAAAUAUAAAUUUCACGGGGUCUCGAGGGGAUAAAAUGUGUGAGUGAAAAUUGGAGGAAAAAUGAAGAUGAGAUGAGAUAAAUCGCCCAGAUUUUUGUUCGUGGGGUCAAAGAAGAGUUUUUAAGAUAAAAGCGGGAUUUUUGAAAUGUCGGGGAAAAAAGUUCAAAUUAGAAAUUAAUUCUGGUGUUAAUAUAUUUUUUUCAAAAAAUCGAAUAUUCAAAUUAUUUUCUCCUCGCCUAUCAAAAAUCACAUCAAUCAAAAAUAAAAAUAAUAAUUAUUUUUAUAAUCCAAAAAAAUCCGGUAUUUUUUAUCUGAUUUUCUUCUUCUUUUUUCUUUAUAUAUUUUUUUUGGUAAAAAAAAUAAAACCAAAAAAAAAUCUUUUUUUUCUUUGAGGGACAGAAUUUUGAUUCAAAGAAAAUGUAACAUUUAUCAAAAAUAUGUCACAUUUUUGCAUCUUUUUUACUUUUCUUUUUGAAAUGAAAUGAGAAAAAGAUUUUUGAUGGGUUUUUCGGAUUAUUUUUGAAAAAGGAAGGGACCAUCGAAACAUUUUGAAUUUUUUUUAGAAUAUUAGAAUCGCCAAAACUCAUUUUUUUCAAUAAUCCACGUGCCAAACUUUCAAAAAAGUUUGGUGGAUUUCACGGAACAAAUUUUGAAUCCGAAAACUUCACGCCAAAAAUCCACGUUUCAAAAAAUGAUUUCGUAAUCUCAUUUUUCUCAACUCAUCCAUCAUUUUUUGAGCUCAAAAUUUUUUUCGCAGAAAAAUUGAGCGGGUGUUAAUGGGUUGUGUAAAAAGUUACACACCUCCCGGGGAAGGAUUUCGAAAUUUUCAAAUAUAAAAUAUUUCAGGGAACUUUGAAGUUGAGUUUUUCAUAAGACUUUAGCCAGGCAUAACAUUCUAUCUAAACUUUAUCCUAACCUAAGCUCAAAUAUUUAGGUAAUGUAAAACUGAAAUUUUGAAUUUUGAUUUUCCCGCCAAAAGUUCCCAUCACCACCACAAAACAACAUAUUUUUCAACAACUUACAACAAAUAAAAUGACACUUGUUUUUGUUUUACACACAACAACAAAAAAAGAUGAAGAUUUAUUCGAUUUUCUUCUUCUUUUUCUUCCACCAAGAAAAUCCAGAGUUUAAUUGUGUGUUGAUGGAUUUUUCUCAUUAAAUUUAUUGACGAAGCGACGAAAAAAGUGAAUUUGUGGAUUUUUUGAGAGAAAAAUGAAUGAGAGGUCAACCAGAAGAUUUUGUACUUUUUGAGCAGAAAAAAGUUUGCCAACAUUGCAAAAAAUAGCAGAACUUAAUUGGUUUUGAAACUCUGGCACAAUUUUUGAAUCUGCAUCUAAAUUUGGAAACAGACCACAAAAACUAUAAUAAGCAUUUAUACUGUAGUUACAGUAAUCCAGACUGCAAGAAUCAAGAUCUAACAUGUUUAUUCAAUUACAAUUAUUGAGAGCUGAAAAAUAGGAUUAAAAAAGGGGCGGAGCCUAUCUUGCAACCAUGGCACAUUUUUUUAAAGCAACACCCUCGUAUAAUAAGGCCAUUGCGAAAUGCUUUCAAACACCAAAAUAUAUAAAAUUAACCUAUCCAGCUAUGCUCACAAGAAAUAUGAAAAAGAAAUACUCAAAAACGAUCAAGUUUGACCACUUUUGAGAAAAAAAUUAUUUUUUUUGAAAAUCGCCUGCAGAUUGUGCAGAUCCGCAAUUUCGUGAAAUUUGUGCAAACACUGUGACGACAAUUGUGUGCUACAGUACCCCUUUCAACUUUUUUUCAACAAAAAGUGAAUUGUUUCACUGAAAACAAUGAAAUAAAUUAUAACAAUGAUUUCUGAACAUCCUUAACUAUCUCUACUUUCUUUUUUGACAAUGAUAUUUCAGUUUUAUAUUGCAUAUUCCGGUCAAAAACUGAAAAAACACAAUUUCCCUCGAAAAAAUUAGUUUUCGUCUGAAAUAUUGAAUCUUAAUGUUUAUACUUCUUCAAUUUAUUUUUUUUCAUACCCAAAAAACAGUUUUUUCCAUGCAAAUUGUCAUUUUCCGAAAAAAUGGAAAAAAAAUUUGCAAAAAAAAUAAAAAGAAAACAACGAGACUCCGCGUUGACGCUAGCCCGCGUUGUUUGAAUUUGAGUUUUUUCAGUUUUUCAAUGGGUUUCCAUAUUUCGGCUAAUACUUAUUGAAACUUUUUGAAUUUUUUCUCCGCACUAGAAAACAGUAAAACUAAGCUAAUUCUAAGAUUUGAGAACAUUUGGGCUUUUUUCAAGAAAGUGCCUAUUAUACGAGGGUGUUGCUUUAAACAAAUUUGAAAAAACCGUCCACCGGAAAUUGAAUGGUUAAUUGAUCCUUUUCUAUUUUUUGGUAUCCGGUUGAAUGCAAAAUUUAUUGGGAUGCGAAAAAAAUGGGAAGGGAGGAAUUAGAUUACGGAUCACUUGAUGUUAUUAUAAAAUUUUUUAUUCCGAAAAUUUAUUUGGAACUAGAAAAAUGGGCCAAAAGGGAUUGGAGGAUGACUGAAAAUCAUGAGAAAAACUUGAAAUUAAUUUCAGAUUUUGGCAAUUAUCGUUGUGCACAUUUGGACGAAUUUCACGGGAAUUUAUUUGUGCUCAACAGCUGAUCGAUUGGCCAGAAAUGCAUUUUUAUCGGCCAGAAAUUCGGCGGAAGCUGAAAAUUGUGCUGAUUUUCAGUCGACAAGAUUGGUGAGUUACCCAAGUUAUUUUUUCUGAGUGUGAAAGGUUCAGAUAAUUUUCUACUUAUCUACAGUACUUCUUUUCCAAUGAGAUUAAGCUACAAACUUUUUUCCAAAUUUUUUUGGUUUUUCAAAAACACAAGAAAAUUGAACAAGUAUCGAAUUGCAAACAAAUAAAUAAACAAACAGAAUUCGAAUUCAAAUUCUAUACGACAGAAAAUUAUAAUGAAAAUGAAAACAAACAAAAAGCCGAGAAGGUGAGAUGAACUAAUAUAAUAAGGAGAAGACAUGAAUGCGUCAAAUAGCAAACAUGUCAAAAAAAAUAAGAAAUGAAAUGAACCGAUUUUUGAGGGAUUUCGGGAUAUUGUACCUAGAUACAGUACUCUAGAAGGGUAGUUUUGGAUUAGAGAAGAUAUAUUUUGAUCUACCAGAUGUUGUGCGUUACUGUAUCGCUCCCAGUACACUGUAGAUUUGAUCUAUCAUAAUUUAAAAAUAUUUGGAGGUUACUGUAAAUUGGUACUGUACUCUGACGAAUUUUUAAUUUAGGUUUGAUCUACCAAAAAUCAUCGGAUUUUCAGAACCGCCUACUUUCUUCUUUCAUCCCAUAUCAUCUAAUAACUCAAGCCCGACAUCAAAUCACCCUGUAUAAACCACAUUUAUACAAUGAAACAUAUUCUCAAGUAUCAGUUGCUUAUGGUCGAUUAAUUGGUUUCGAAUCUGUUUUGACCCAAUGUGCACCAAUUGAUGCGGCAAGAGUUUUUGAAAGAAUUAGAUUCGAGAAUUGAUAGAUUGGCUGCACAAAAUGGAUGUACUCGAGUUGCUUCCGAAGGUAUUACUGUUAUAUCAUCGAUGCCUGCAAUUGAUUCACAACAUGCUGCAAGAUUGUGCAGAUUUUCUCUUGAACUUGAGACGUUGAUUUGUUCGUUUAGAGAUGCAACUGGAGCUGAUGUUGGAAUUUGUAUUGGUGAGUUGAGAAUUUGGGGAUGAAUGAGAGGAAUUUAAUUUAUAAACCAGGAGUCCUCGCCCUGUCUCCCAACCCAAAAAACUCUUACUUCUUUGCAGGUAUUGAUACUGGAAGUAUAACUGGUGGAAUUGUUGGGACAACAAAAUGGCAUUAUGAUGUAAUUGGGACAACUGUUGAUAAUGCAUUAUUGAUGCAGAGUAAUGCCACUGAUUCGUAAGUAUUUUUUUUUGAGAAUCUGAUCCUCACUGAAAAUCAGAGAGCAAUCGAUAAUCUAGAAAUAUUCCCCAUUUGUUUGCAGCGGUAUCUACGUGUCCAACGAAACUCGCCGCUUCCUCGCCGAUGCCACUUUCGAACUCGAAAAAUGCGAAAUCGGUUGGCGAGUUUACGGAACUCUCCCGACUCCCGAACUCUUCCCAGUCAAUAAACGAUUUUCAUUGGUCACAAUCCCUCAAGCAAUUAGUCGAGUUCUUCAAAGUCUAGUCACAAUGAAUCCGUCGACUUUGAAAAGUCAAUAUGGGACUUGUAAUAAGAAAAGGAAAACUGAUGGAGCUGGAGGAGGAAAUGGUGUUGGCACAGGAACAGGUUCAAAAGACACAGGAAAUUUUGACAUGCAAAAAGAGAAAUCUGAACAUUCGUCAAUAAUUUCUACAUUUUCACAACGAUUUCGAAAUCGUGGAUUAGAAAUCGAAUAUCAUAAAGAGACUGAUCAUUGGUUUAUUCCAUCUCUAGCUAUUUCCAUAUUUUUCCUGGUUGUUUAUGGUAUUUAUCAUAUGUUGGUUAUGCCGAGACUUAUCACAAGUCUUGCUUUGAUUGUAGUUGCUCUAACUCUCAUGUUCUUCAUAUUGCUCAUGUUAUAUAUUGAUUAUUUUCAUGUGAGUAUUUUCAAAGGCCUUUCUUGAAAAUUUUCUGAUAUUUUUCCAGAGUUUUUCGCAAUUCAUCACCAGAACUUCGGCUGGACAUUCUGUCACCAUUUUAUUGAUUAUCACUAUGUUAUUUUUCUGUGGAAUUGUUAACACGGUUAGUUUUGGGGAGAUUUUUAUCGAAAAAAAAAGGAAUUCUAAAUUCGAAUGUUCAGAUUAGUUAUCUUUAUAUCUUCAAAUUUUGAACUCAUGCUUAAACUGGAGCCCUGCCAUUUUCUAGAACCGAAAACCUCUCAUUUUUUCCAGUUUUCUUGCCCUCAACCAUCAGCCCUCGACGUCUGUCAAAAAGCACAUUUCUCCACAUUCUCCUUUGCUCUCUGGACUAUCACAACAGCCGUAUUCGUUCGAUUUCCCUCAAUUUAUCUUGGACUUAUUCUAACAAUUGCUCUAAUCACAUAUGCUCUUCAAAUCUACGUAACUCGUCCCACCAAUUUUGGUGCCAAAGAAUUUAUGCAAGAAUUGGAUUUAUCGUGUUAUUUGAUUAGUUUGGCAGUGAUGGUAUUUAUUCACGCGAGAAGAUGUGAAAAACUGUUGAGACUUGAUUUUUUGGCAGUUGUUAAAGGAAUUGAAGAAAGUGCUACCAAGGAUAAACUAGUCACUUUGAAUAAUCAAAUGUUGCUGAAUCUUGUACCCGCUCAUGUUGCUUCUGGAGUUGUUCAAAAAGCUGGAGAUGUUUGGCAUCAUUCACAUCAAACUGUUGGAAUUGCGUAUAUCGCUGUUAGUGGAUUUGAUUUGCAAGGUGAUGCUGGUCUCAAUGGACUCAACUAUGUUUUCUCUCAUUUUGAUCAAUCUAUCUCUAACUUCAAAGGCGUGGAGAAAGUCAAAAGUGCAAACAGAUUCUAUAUUGUUGCAGUUGGACUAAUUCCUGAUAGUGCACAAAAUGUUGAUGAAACACCGUGGACUAUUGGAGAACUUUUAUCAACUCUCGCCAAGUUUCUUAUUUCGAUCUCUGAGUUUAGCAUUGAGAAUGAGUUUCAUGUUCAAAUCGGAGUUGAUUGUGGUAGCACCUUGGCUUAUGUUAGCAAUACCGAUCAACCUAGAUAUGAGCUAUUUGGGGAGACAUUAGAUCGUUCGAGGAUUCUUAUGCAAGCCGCUGGUCAUGAUACUACUCUAGUUUCGGAAGAGGUUUAUCUCGCACUUCGACCCAGGCCACUUAGAUUUGGAACACAGAAAUAUGAUGUUACAAAUAACCUAAGCGCGUACGAAUUACUCACAUAUAUUCCAAAUGAUAAUGGUCUGGAUGACAUAACAUUGCCAAGAGAAUUACAAGAAAAACAUACGCGUGGAAUGGUUGAUGCACAAUUCGCCUCGAAUCGAAUCUAUGAGAAUACACAAACAUCUGAAAUGGCAUCAUCAAUGGCUUCGAGUUUCUCAAGUAUUGAUGGAGAUGCGGAGACCGACAGUGAUUUAGAGUGGAUUACACCGGAUACACAUUUGAUGAAUCGAAGUGUUCCUCCACCAUCUUUAAGCUCGCGAGGCCCUCCGAGGAAAUAUGUGAUGCGACAAUCGGAUUAUGAUCCUUAUAGGGAGCCGAUGGAAUUCUAUUCGGAUACUGAAGGAAGUAGACCUAGCAGUCGAGCAAGGGGAUGGAGAUCUACCUCGAGGAAUUCUCUUCGAAACGGGUUCGGGUUAUUCAAAAGAUCUUCUGCGCCGGUUUCAGACACAGAAGAUGCGGUGAUUGAAGCGGCUGCGAAUCGAGUUGAUCGAAUGAUUCAAGAACUCAACGCAUAUGGAGAUUUUGCAGAUGUUAAACCUCUCGAAUAUCAGCCAUUCCCAUCGAAUUUCGGAGGAUCUAUGAGAAGUGUGCACCGCGCAAUGUCUUCUGCUUGCCAUACGGAAUAUGAUAAUGCGGAAUCGGAUGGUGAUGCGAUGAUUUCGGAUGUGGAAUCGAAUGCGAAUCGAUCACGUUCAAGAAGUUUGCGAAGAGGUUGGCGGCAAAAGAAGCGAUGGCAUAAAGAUGGAGCGGAUGGAGAUACUGAAUCGCAAUGUAGUAGUAUUGCGGCUAGUAUUGAUUUAGAACCUAUACGGUAAGCUUUUGAAAUGCAUUCUCUACCUAGAUGGGAAAUUCGCGCACCUUUAACACUUCAAAUAAUGAAAACCGAGCUAUGUUAUGCUUUUACGUAUUUUUAUCAGUGGAUCGCAUUUGCACUAUUUUUUAAAAUAGAAUUUGACUUGAAAUUUAAAUUUUUUUCUAGGAGUUAAUGCGCUCUAUUGAAAAUUAGGAUUUCAGUUUAAAAUUUUGAAUUUUUUAAGUUGCAAUUUUUAAUAUCAUCUAAAUUAGGUAGAAAACGACAAAUUCAAGUAAUACAUCCUAAUUUCAAACUUGGCCUUAAAAAUCACAUUUUAAAUGUAUUUUAUCAUGUUUUCCUCGUCGAAAAAUGCAAACUUCGCAAUUUCUCCCGGAACAUUUUUCACUUGCAAAAAAUCGAUGGUUUCCAACGGGUCCUGUAGUGUAGAGGUUAUCACGUCUGCUUCACACGCAGAAGGUCGCCGGUUCGAACCCGGCCAGGACCUAUUUUUUGUUUUUUUGUUCACUCUUUUUUUGAAAUGAAAACAAAGAAAAGAACAAAAACUAUCUGUUUUCACAAUGACUCAUAAAAAAAGAAAAAAGGUGAUGAAAUCACUGAUCAGGGUUACAAAUACAACAUUUUAUUAAAAUCAUGUUUUUUUCAGCUGGAAAUCGGUUCAUUCAAUCGGCUAUGAAAACGAAUACGAAAUGCCAAGCGAUACCGAAGGUUUAGCGAUUGAAGAGAUGGUCGCAUUGUCGCGCGACAUUCGCAACAAUUUCGGCGAUUUUCAACUAUCCACUUUUGACGACAUCGAUAAGGAUUAA